AUGCAGUUUAGUGAAUUAGAAGAAAUGAAAAGCGUGAGGAGUAAUAACAGCAUUAAACAAAAAUAUGAAAAGGUCUCCCAAAAUGACGAUAAAAGUGAAAUUGUGAUUUUUCAAACAAACAAAAUAAUUUCUCCCGACGGACUUAACUUUGCUAAGGAAAUGCUUCUAUCAACGGCAGAAUCUGCUACAUAUUCGGCUUCUGAAAUAGAACGAAGGCUUCAUAGUGAUUUAAGAUGUGGUCUUUCAUGGCAGGAGGCUCUUGGUCGAUCAAAAAUUAUCGGCUACAACGAGUUACGAGCACCACAAGAAGAUAGCACAUUUAAGAAAUACGUGGAACAAUUUAAAAAUCCACUCAUUUUACUACUUUUAGGAUCUGCACUUGUUUCCGUUAUCAUGCAACAAUUUGAUGAUGCUAUAAGCAUUGCUACAGCCAUUUUGAUCGUUGUUACGGUCGCAUUCAUUCAAGAAUAUCGUUCUGAAAAGUCUCUUGAGGAACUGAAGAAACUUGUGCCGCCCGAAUGUCAUUGUUUACGAGAAAAUCGAUUAGAAACUUUUCUAGCACGAAAUUUGGUUCCUGGCGAUAUAAUAUUUUUAAAUGUUGGUGAUCGAGUACCGGCUGAUUUAAGGAUAUUUGAGUCCAUUGACUUGUCUAUCGAUGAGUCGAGCUUUACAGGAGAAACCGAGCCAGCUAAGAAGACCACUGAUGUCUUAUCCCAAAAGCCUGGAAGCGGAAAGAAUCAUAGUACGAUGAGGAACAUCGCAUUUAUGGGUACGCUCGUAAGAGGUGGAAGUGGAAAAGGCAUUGUAGUUAGUACAGGCGAACAAAGUGAAUUUGGUGAGGUCUUUAAAAUGAUGCAGGCAGAAGAGGCACCAAAAACACCACUUCAAAAAUCUAUGGACAUUCUUGGAGCUCAAUUAAGUUUCUAUUCAUUCUGCAUAAUUGGAAUAAUCAUGUUACUUGGAUGGCUUCAAGGCAAAGCUAUUGUUGAGAUGUUUACAAUUAGUGUCAGUUUGGCUGUUGCAGCAAUUCCCGAGGGUCUUCCUAUUGUAGUGACUGUGACUUUAGCUCUCGGAGUACUUAGAAUGGCUAAACGUAAUUGUAUCGUAAAGAAACUACCGACUGUUGAAACUCUUGGUUGUUGUAAUGUGAUUUGCUCUGAUAAAACUGGAACAAUCACGAAGAAUGAAAUGACUGUGACCACUAUGAUUACUUCUGAAGGAUACAUGGCUGAUGUUACUGGAGCUGGAUAUAACGACGCCGGUGAAAUUCACAUCAGAGAUUGUAAUAACAUGGAAGUUGCAAAGCAGAGUAUUAAUGCUAUUAUUGAGGUUGGAGCUGUGUGCAAUAAUGCCAUAAUUCAAGGUGAAAUUUUGCUCGGUUCACCGACCGAAGGAGCUUUAAUGGCACUAGCAAUGAAGAAUCAAAUGUACACAAUUCGUGACAAAUUUGUAAGAACAAAAGAAUUUCCAUUUAGCAGUGAACAAAAAAUGAUGGCAGUGUCUGCUGUACCUAGAUACAGUUCGAACAAUAAUAAAGAUGAAAUCUUUUUCGUAAAAGGUGCAAUAGAAAUGGUCCUUCCGAUGUGCAAAAAGUACAUACUCAAUAGUCAAAUAUUAGCACUUACCAAACAGAAUGAAACUGAAUACUUGUCAGAGGCAUAUGAUAUUGGCCGUAAAGGACUACGAGUGCUUGCUCUUGCGAAAGGAAAAUCAUUGAAUGACUUAGUCUAUAUGGGUUUAGUUGGAAUUACAGACCCUCCUCGUCCGCUAGUUCGCGAGACAAUUGAAAUUCUCAAUCGUAGCGGUGUUCGAGUAAAAAUGGUGACUGGAGAUAGUCAUGAAACUGCUAUUGCUGUUGCUCAAUUAAUAGGACUGGAUACGGUGCACCAACAAGCCAUCAGUGGACAUGACAUUGACUUAAUGAAUGAGAUGCAAUUAGAGAAGAUUAUCAAUAGUGUGAGCGUCUUUUAUCGUGUCACGCCUAAACACAAACUUUCGAUUGUCAAAGCUCUACAGAACAGUGGAAAUAUUGUGGCAAUGACGGGCGAUGGUGUUAAUGAUGGCGUGGCUUUGAAGCGUGCGGAUAUAGGAAUAGCCAUGGGAAAAAAUGGAACAGAUGUAUGCAAAGAAGCAGCUGACAUGAUUCUCGUGAAUGAUGAUUUCCAUACAAUUAUAGCGGCAAUUGAGGAAGGCAAGGGGAUAUUUUAUAACAUCAGAAAUUUCGUACGCUUUCAACUAAGUACAUCCAUUGCGGCACUCUCGUUAAUCACAUUAUCACAGCUAAUGGGAAUUCCAAAUCCAUUAAAUGCUAUGCAAAUUCUAUGGAUAAACAUAAUUAUGGAUGGACCGCCUGCACAGUCUUUAGGUGUAGAACCUGUUGAUCAAGAUGUGUUGAAAAAGAAGCCAAGAAAUGUUAAAGAACCAAUGAUUUGUAAAGCACUUAUUAUUAAUGUCCUUUUAUCAGCUGGUCUCAUCAUAUUGGGCACACUUUAUGUUUUUCAAAGAGAAAUGGAAGAUGGAUCAGGUGGGAAAACAAAGAGGGAUACCACAAUGACAUUUACGUGCUUCGUUCUCUUCGACAUGUGGAAUGCUUUAAGCUGUCGUUCACAAACCAAAAGCGUCUUUCAGAUUGGACUCUUUUCAAACAAAAUGUUCCUAAUCGCUGUCGCCUUUUCACUCAUCGGACAACUGCUAGUUAUUUAUUUUCCUCCACUCCAAAAGGUUUUUCAAACAGAAGCUUUAACUUUAAUGGACAUUAUUUUCUUGCUCACAUUGACAUCAUCCGUUUUCAUAAUCUCUGAAUUAAAGAAAUAUUUUGAACGAGCUAUGGAUCGACGGGCGGUAAAGAAGCAUUCAGAAUUAGAUUUUGUAUGA